GGUGGGUCCUGAGAUAAAGCUCAGGUCUUCGCCUACCCUGCCCCGGCAGUAAGGAUGGUGGGAGCUCCACGGUUGGGCGGGCACGGUGGAGAGUGGCUUCCAGCUCGAGCUUGAGACGCGGGGUCUCUUUCUCCGUUCCACUCGCUGCCGGGCACCCAUGCUUUCUUUGCGGUCGAUGAAAGUGGCAGGCUCAUGGCGAGGAGCAGGCGGGGGAACCUGUUAAGAGUCAGUUCUUAGCGAAAAAGCAUUGAGCCAGGAGCCAGACCCACCUCUUCACUAACUGAUCUUGCACAAGUCAUCUUACCUCUCUGGAUCUCAGUUGCCUGAUCUGUAAAAAGGAGAUAAAAAUUCUUUACCUGUUUGAAGAUGAAGUGGAGGACCAUCCUACUACAAUAUUGUUUUCUCUUGGUUACAUGUAUACUUACUGCUCUUGAAGCUGUGCCUAUAGACAUAGACAAGACAAAAGUAGAAAAUGCUCAACCUGUGGACAGUGCAAAGAUAGAACCACCAGAUACUGGACUUUAUUAUGAUGAAUACCUCAAGCAAGUGAUUGAUGUGCUGGAAACAGAUAAUCAUUUCAGAGAAAAGCUCCAGAAAGCAGACAUAGAGGAAAUAAAGAGUGGGAGGCUAAGCAAAGAACUGGAUUUAGUAAGUCACCAUGUGAGGACAAAACUUGAUGAACUGAAAAGGCAAGAAGUGGCAAGGUUAAGAAUGCUGAUUAAAGCUAAAUUGGAUUCCCUUCAAGAUACAGGCAUAGACCACCACGCUCUUCUAAAACAAUUUGAUCAUCUAAAUCACCUGAAUCCUGAGAAGUUUGAAUCUACAGAUUUAGAUAUGCUAAUCAAAGCGGCUACAAGUGAUCUGGAACACUAUGAUAAGGCUCGACAUGAAGAAUUUAAAAAAUAUGAAAUGAUGAAGGAACAUGAAAGGAGAGAAUAUUUAAAAACACUGAAUGAAGAAAAGAGAAAAGAAGAAGAAUCUAAAUUUGAAGAAAUGAAGAGAAAGCAUGAAAAUCAUCCCAAAAUUAAUCAUCCAGGAAGCAAAGAUCAACUAAAAGAAGUGUGGGAAGAGGCUGAUGGAUUGGAUCCUAAUGACUUUGACCCCAAGACAUUUUUCAAAUUACAUGAUGUCAAUAGUGAUGGCUUCCUAGAUGAACAAGAAUUAGAAGCCCUAUUUACUAAAGAGUUGGAGAAAGUAUAUGACCCCAAAAAUGAAGAGGAUGAUAUGGUAGAAAUGGAGGAAGAAAGGCUUAGAAUGAGGGAACAUGUAAUGAAUGAGGUUGAUACUAACAAAGACCGAUUGGUGACUCUAGAAGAGUUUUUGAAAGCUACAGAAAAAAAGGAAUUCUUGGAGCCAGAUAGCUGGGAGACAUUGGAUCAACAACAGUUCUUCACAGAGGAAGAACUAAAGGAAUAUGAAAAUAUUAUCUCCAUACAAGAAACUGAACUUAAGAAAAAGGCAGAUGAGCUUCAGAAACAAAAAGAAGAGCUACAACGUCAGCAUGACCAACUUGAGGCUCAGAAGCUGGAAUACCAUCAGGUUUUACAGCAGAUGGAACAAAAAAAAUUACAACAAGAAAUUUCCCCAUCAGUGCCUGGUGGAGAAUCAAAGAUCCAGCCACGCAUUUAAAGUCCGAAGUCCACCAGAACUUAGAAUAAAAUUGUUACAUCAUCAUGUGUGUCAUCUUUUUACCUCCCUUCCUUUUCCUCUGCUCAAUAAAUAUUUUAAAGCAUAUGUGGAAUAAAGGAAGAUACUUUUAAAAUGAGAACGUAUUUUUUUUUUU